AUGAAUGCGCUUAUGCAGUCCUCGCUGAAUGAGGUUGAAUCUAAGCUCAACACGCUUCUCAAACACCUGACUUCCUCUCCCGGCGCUCUGGGUGCUCCUGCAGCCGCCGUGUCUUUGCUGGAAGCCGAUGACACACUCACCUCCUCCAUCCAAACGCUUCGACUUCAUCAGGACAACUAUGCAAAGAUCCUCCAGCUGCGCAGUGAAGCAGACCGCCUCGAAGAACGCGUCAAGAAUAUCGUGAGAGACUUGGAACGAUUCGACAAGGAAAUCAGGGAAGCAUGUGGUGACGACGACGACGAGGACGAGGACAGUAGUAGUGACUGGGACACCGAGGACGAGAGCGAGUCGAAGAGAGAAAGCGCCGUCAGCCAGCGUACCGCUGCUCGCAAGGAGAUUGAUUACCGACUUUUGCUGGACUUUGCGCGACGAAUCAGCAAAUACAACCAAGAAGCCGCGGCCGACGUGGCCAAGGGGCUCAGUCGAGACAACCCUUUGGAGAAGCCCACCAAGAUUGCGGCAAAAGACCAGGUCAUGACGGGGACAAACGGAGAGACAGAGACUGCCGAAGAGAGCGCCGACCCCGUUACGACGGUGACCAAGGAAGCAACGCAAUGGCUGGAGGACUCGGCGAAUCUUACUCGCGAGGCCAAUAUGCUUCCAUACCCCGCGGAGGACCGAAUACGCAUGGGUGUCAUGGGGAAGAUGUCGAUAGAGAGUAAUGAUCCGGAUACGGAACUGGAAAAGAUGCUGCGUAGUGCGGAAGGUCUGAACGUUGCAGAAGCGUCAAAGCCACUCCCGCCGCCGCCUACUGAACCACCAGCACACGAGCCGGUGAAGCCCUCCGCUCCGCCCGCUGGGACAUCUACUGCUUCAGCAGCGCCUCGCCCGGCGCCGGCGCCCGCGCCAAAACCCAAACCCAAAGCGACAUUGGACCUUGAUCUUUACGAUCCUGACGACGAUGACUUUUGA